CAUCUAAAAAAGUGGUCGUUUAAAGGACCUAGAUCUGGAUAAUUAAUCGGUAAAAGGUAAAACUCCUUUUGGAGCAUCAUGCCGAUGGUUUUGUGUCGUUCUUAGAUCACACCAAUUUACUACUACAUCAAAGCAAGGCUUAAAUGAUAACUUGGAUUACACCCUGAAGACAAAAACCUUACAACCUUAACCGUGUGUUGACGGAGAGGUGAUGUGACUGAGACGGUGGUUUCGGCUUCCAUACCCAGCACUGCCCAGCACUCAGUGAACAAUGGGCAAUAAAGAUAAAUGCAAGACCAAAGGAUGUGGAAAUAAAUGUGAAAAGAGGAAGAAGUUCUGCGUUAAAUGCCAUGCAGCCAAUCAAACAACUACAACCACAGUUAAGUGUUGGAAUUGUGACAAUGAUCAUCCAGGAGUGGGCCUGUUUUGUCCGUACUGUGGAGAACCAAAUAGUGGUCAAGUAAAAGAAGAAGCAACCCCUUCAACAGAGUCUCUUGUUACGUCAAAAUUAAAAAGACGACAUAAAGAAGAUGUUGACACUCUUACACAGCUGCUACCAAAGAGAAAACUUGAAUGCAGUGCUUCAGGGGAUACCAGUUUAUCUCAAGAUAGCAACAGACCAGUCCAGGGUCAGCCUGUAACAAUCUCAGAUACUUCUACAAAUGAAAGACAUAAAAUCAAACCAUCUGAAGGAGAUCACAACAAAGUUGAUGCAUCCACUAAUUCAGUGAAAGCAACCACUAGUACAGUAAUGCCAAACAGUUUAUCUCAAGAUAGCAAAAGACCGACCCAGGGUCAGCCUGGAACUGUUGCAGAGACUUCUACAAAUGAAAGACAAAAAAAUGAACCAUCUGAGGAAGAUCACAACAAACUUGAUGCAUCCAGCGAUUCAGUGGAAGCAACCGCUAAUACAAUGGUGACAAACAGUUUAUCUCAAGAUAGCAGCAGACAUACAAAUGACAGACAUAAAAACAAACCAUCAGAUGAAGAUCACAACAACACUGAUGCAUCCAGCAACCUAAUAGAAGGAAAUAGUACCAUGUUGCCAAACGAAAGCCACAAACCAUCUAUGGAUAGUUCCGGAAAACAUUCAAGUAGUGUGUCAACAGAUGGCCAACUUACAACAGACAGAAAAGAUGAGAUGCACUCAACACCUGUAGUUGUGCGCAAUACCACAGUAGUAAUUCAAGCAGAAGAAUUGGUCCCUUCUGGACCACUGGAUGGCAAUACUAUCAACACCAACAAGUCUGCUUUAGACUGCACCUCAAAAGAUGAAGUUAUUAGAUAUAAGGAUGUAAAAUUUGAAGAAAAUUAUGCUACCAAGUUCUCAAAAGUAAGUCAAGUAUUUGGUGAUACAGGACGUAAGUCUGAAUCAGUUGGGUAUACCCUCGGUGUAAAUCAGAGCAGCACCCCUGAAAGGAAAUCAUGUGUUCAUGACCCUGAAAGUAAACAAGCUGCAAGAGAUACCAGUUUAUCCAGUGAUAGCAAGAGCACAACAGAAGAACAUACUGGAACAACAUCAGAAAAUUCUACAAAAGCAGACCAUGACACCCUAAAGCAGCAAGUGACAAAAGACAACUUACAGUCUAAACAAUGCAGUUCGGGAGGUAAAGCAACACAUGUUGCCACUUCAGAAGUGAGCAAACCCAAUCAGAAUACAAGAGUAAGUCAGAAUGGUAAUAACCAUCAUCAGAAUCCAGAUCAGUUGAUGGACACAAGAGAAGAUGAUCCAUCAGUUAAAUGUGAAAAAAAAGCCAAGAGUGAAAAUCCACCAUCUUAUGCUGAAAAAGCAGGUUCUGCAUCGCAACCACCUUUCAAAGAUGAAAAUAAAGCCAAGAGUGAAAAUCCACCAUCUUAUGCUGAAAAAGCAGGUUCUAAAUCGCAAACACCUUUCAAAGAUGGGGAAUGUGAUAAUAGACGAGGUCUUACGGUUAUAACAAGAGGGAACUCAAAGGGAAAGAAAAAUCCAGACCAUGUGGGCAAUGUGAGGACUCCAAGUACUUUAACAGAUGGAAAAAAUGAAGUUAAAAUGACAGUUUGCUUUCACACAGUUGUUACUCCGGAAUUUAAUUUCAACCCCAAAACUGACACAAUGGUCAUGCGAUUUAACACCAUUGGAAAUUUUCAGAAAGAUGUUGGUAAAAUGGAAGUUGAAAGGUCAGAAAGUAAUUAUGCUUUUGUGAAAAUAGAGCUUACGAUAAAACCAUACCACUUCUCAAGCAAAGAUAUCAAAUACAAGUAUCUGUUGAAGAGAUGCAUUAAAGGACAGCAAGAUCCUAUUUACAUCUGGGAAUUCAUUGACAAAUAUCCAUGUUUACCUGGACAUGUUAACAGAUUGUUGAAGGUUCCAAAAGAAGCAUUUCAUAAGCAAGAAACUUUUCACCAUUAUGACGGUGCUUUGCAUGUUGAAGAACCUGUGAAAAGUGAAAAUAGAUUUAUACAAGGUACCAAAAGCUUCCUGAAUAAAAUAAUAAGAAAUGUAUGGAAAACAGAUACUCUUGACAAAGAUAUGAAACUUAGGAGAGAUCAUGAGAUUGCAGUGCAAUCAUAUCUCCCAGAGUGGGAAGGAUUUGUGUGUCAACAUCACAAUCAGAAUGUUACCAACGAAGGCGCUGUAAAGGCAUUCAAGAAACUAUGUCAAAUCACAGAGCAAAUGUCAGAUAGUUGGGUAUUUGAUGGAAUUGCAAAAAAAUGGAAGCCAGGAAACUUCUCCAUGAAAGAGGUGCUUCAAAACUACUUUGACGAAAAACUUGAUGAAAUUAGCAAUAAUGAGAAAGACAAGGAUGAAUCAAGCAUUUCUCAACAGCUGAUUUCAGCACUGGCAAUAGCGAUGGUUGACGAGAAGUAUUCAUUUCUUGAAUAUGCAACAAGACAUAAACUCCUUCGUGCAUUGGUUCUGCCAUCUUGUUUGAUGAAAGCCGGGUAUGAAAAUCUAAUCAGAGAAAUUAAAAAAGAAUUUUCCGGUAAAAUGAUGAGAAUGGUAACUAAAGCGAUUCAGACUCUUUGCAACAACGCCAUGUGUUCAACAGGAUCAUCAAAGGUGGACUUGACAUUUCUCUUGGUACUUCCAAUUCUUCACUUUUUGCGCGGGGAUUCAUCGCCAAUGGAAUGGCCAGAACACCUUGACCGGUUUGGCUAUGAAGAUGAUAGUUGGUGGGGUCAUGAAACCCUCAACGUUAAAAGUUUAAGGAUGCAGAAUAUUGAUCAAAACCAUGAUAACUUUCUGCCAGUUUUAAUUGAAAUUGAACCUCUUUUCAAAGUUGAUCAUCUACUUCAGCGUUCCUUCUUAGCUACUGUUAGGUUCAAUGCACUUGUGGAUAUUUUGAAGCAGAUCAAAUUUGAUUUCCCUGUGGCAUGUUUUAUCAUUGGACUUUCAAUCAUUCGACAGAAUUAUUUAUAUCAUUUUCAAGACAAGUUAAAGUUGAUGCUUUCUGUCCUGGUGAAGAAUGCCCAAGAGGAGAAUUCAGCAUGUGCACAGAGGUGUGAGGAGAAAUGGCAUAAAGACCAGAGUACCAAUGUUACUGAUGUUCUUCUGAAUUUACUUCCGGUGUUGGUAAAUAAGGCUGGAACUAAUACCCAAUUAGUGGUGCAUUAUUCACAACUACUGUCUGAAGCUUUAAGAAAUGAAGAAGUUCAUUGUGGGAUAGAAUCGAACUCAGUGCAAGACAGAUUGGUUUCUGUAACACUGCAAGCAUCAGAAAUAGUUAUACAUUAUCUGAGGUUGCAUAUACAUGAUAUAACUUUUUCAGGUGGCCGGAUCUUGAAUGGAUUCUUCAACAUAAAAUUUGAAAACAAGAAUGUGAAUGAUACAUGGGUUUCUAGUCUCACUGAGUUUCUUUUAACAAAAUUUGAGAUGGAAUCUCCAGAAAACAUUAUUCAAUUUUAUUGCUGUAUUGAGGAUCCCAGUCCCUACCAUCCUGCAGUCAACAGAGCAGUCACCGACAAAGCAUUCAAUGCUAUUGACCAAGUCAUGAUGAGCCGACAUACAUCCUCUGGCAUGUUCAGCUUUUUGUAUGCUGGUAUGCGUUCUUCAAACAGACUAGGACAUUUGCUAUCUUCAUUUAUUAAUAAAUCGUUGAGCAAUCAAACAAUUACUUUAAAGAAGUGCUUAACAUGGCAUCCUUUGUCAGGAUUCUUGAAAAUGGCAGACAUUAAUUUCUUGGGAACAGAAGCUAAAACAAACAUAAUGACAGCCAAAUCAGUGGUUGAAGAUAUUAUUAGUAGAUUGUUUAAUGGUGAAAUAACUGUAGAAGAACUUGGCGUUAUUCAACAACAUGAAGAGGAUUUUCUGAAACUUAGUGAAGUAAUAGAUCUUCAGCAAAUUACAAGCCUGCUGGAAAAAGAAACAAACAGGAAUAGUAUAGUUUUGGCAAUUCUGCGAUGUCGACUAGAAGAAUUACAGGCAUUUAAAGAUGUGCGGCAUCGUGUUGGGAUGCUAAUCACAUUUUGUAGUAGAAUGCAACAUGAGUCUGCAAACACAGGAACAAAGGUACUAGCUGUUGAUAUCAGUGAAACUACAACAGCACACAAUGCUGAUGUGAGUCAAAUGCAGUUGCUUAAGUUAUGCAAACUAAUUCCAGUUGAGGUUGCAAUUUUCUGCCCAAGCAGAGUUCCUGUCAUUACGUUUUUCAAAUUGCCAGACAAUGUUUCUGACAUGCUUCUGAAAAUGGAGAAGAUUCACAAUAGUGGAAUAUUUCAACAAUUUUGGAAUAAGAGAGCUGAUGUGGUCUUAAAUAGGCAUUCAAAAGACUCCUUGAUAUCCUUAGAAGUGGUAGAGACACAGAUUUGGAGGUUUGUGAAGGGUGAAUGGGACCAGCUUAAAGAACAACUAGUCAGUGGUUCUAUAUCUUUAUAUGGAGUCAAUAACAAGCUGGGAAAAAUUAUGGAUGAUCAAUUAGAGGAUAAUCUUAGAGUGUUUGAGGAGGAUGAUACCACCAAAAAUGACUGGAUAAAAGAACGAUGUGAUCAAGUGCGCCUCUAUCGUCAACUUAAAAAAUGUUUACAGAGUGCCAAGAUUAUUCUUGAGAUUAAGAAGCAAUUUGGUCUGAAAGGUAACUUCAGGUCUGUAGAGCUUCUGUAUUCGACAAGCAAAGAAGAAUUCAACAACAAAUGUCUAACAGACCUAAAUGAAGAUGUUGGAGUUGCCUGUUGGGAGUUGAAAAAUGUCACAGAGGAACAGAUCAGAUGUUUACAAAUAUUGAUAAAUUGCAAAGAUCUGAUUAUUUGGAUUAAAAGGGAAAUUGAAAAUAUGCACGAACUAAAAGUGUUUGUGGAUCUUGCAAUGAUCCAAGCUGGUGAAACUCCCAUUGAAGUUUACAGAGUUUCCUGCCUCCACCAGGCUGCAACUGGCUAUUCUGCUUUCAUUUUCAAUCUAACUGAAUGGUCGAGUUACAAACAUCUAAUGACGAUCUGUAGAUAUACGUGGAAAGCCCUGGAAAAUGAUCCAGAUUUGUCAAUUAAACUUGAGAGUAUAAGUCGUGAAAUGGAAUGGUUGAAAGGCAUCAAAGAUUCCCAUGGGUCUGUGGAAGUGUUGUCAUUACAUCAAGUGGAGAGAAUUAAUGCUGAAGGAAUUUAUGAAAUUGGCAAACUGAAAGAGGGAAGCUUAAGACUUCGUGUUCCUGCAGAAGAUGGUAAAGAAAUGAUUUAUACAGUUGAACAAAUUAAAGAUCUUCAGAGUAAGCUGAUGCUAAUAGCUGGGGAGGCAUACCAGUGCACUGAUGCCAAGGCAGAGGUUGAUCGCUUUGUGGAGGUGUUCGAUGGAACACAGGAUCUGGAAAAAUAUUAUCAAAAGAUGUGUAGAUCUGGAAAUGUGCUCUUCACAAACUUAGAAAUUGCACUACAUUGUAAAAUAUCAACCAAGACACCAGUCUAUAUAGAUUUCUGUGUCACUGGCCAGGAAUCACUGUUUGGCAGUAAGGAAAAACUGACUGACAUAUUGAAGGAAUUGAUCAAUUUCAUGAAAGCAAGCCUGAAACAGUGGUAUGAUUACAUUGAUGAGAUGCGAGAAGAGUUCUACCACUUGAAUGUUUAUACUACUAAGCAGCUUGUUAUUUUGCAACGUGCUUUGGCAUUGUUUGGUGAGGAGGGUAUUGGUCCUGAGGUGUAUGCUCUUUUAAGUCUAGUGAAACCGAACUGUACAGUACAGGAUUUGAGAAAAGCAGUUACUGAGGUUGAAAAGGAGAAGGAGAGUGAAUUAAACGUUGAUGAAACAUGUGAAACAAAUAACGACCAAAUGGGAAACUUCUUUCUUGAUGAAGAGAAAGAACACAUGGCUGCUUUCUGGGAUGAGAUGGAUGACAUGAUGGAUGAGGAACAAGCAAUGGCAGUGCUAGAGGAAAAGGGAUUGAUGAAUGUGGAAGCGGCAGUGACAUACAUAUCCGAGUCUCCUUACUCUAAAGAAACAUUAGAUGUCUUGGUAGAAAGGUUUAUUACUAGAGUUGGCUGCACUCUAUCAGAUCUUGUGCAAAACCAUGAUGAAGAAACGGAAAGAAAAGAGCAAAUUGAGAAUGUUUUAAUAGGUGAACAGAAGUAUAAAGAACAAAUCCGUCUUCAAAAUCGUGGACAUGGAACCGAUAGUGUUAAGAAAGACCUCCUACUUGGAAUGAAAAGAUUUGAAGGGACCCUUAUUGAUAAGCUGAAACAUGUGUGGGAAAAAUACUUAAGUUCAACAAAAUCUGCUGACCUUACUGAUUAUGUUAGUGUUGAAACACUAGGAAGGCUUUUAGAGCAUCUAGCCACACCUGAUUGCGAAGCCACUGUCAGGAGGUUACCACAAUUGCUUAAAAGAGGGCGUCCUAACCUCAUCGUUUGCUCAGCUAGUAAUGUACUGCAUACUGUGCUCUCAGUUUACAUGGAAGGCAAUGGAAGCUUUCCAGCCUACGAUGAGGUUUUGCUGUGCAAUUCACAAACAUCUCUUGAAGAAGUUGUUUUGUUGUGGCGACGAGCAUUAAAUGGUAACAAGGCGAAAACUUACUGCCUUGUGAAUGCAGAUGCUUUGGAUUAUGAUGUUAGUGUUGAUGCUGUAAAGAAACUUCAUGAGCUAAUGGAAGGGAAGUCUGGCUACAAGCUUGUCAUUGUUUGUAAUGCAGAAAGAGAACAUCAGUCACACGUGAUCAAGGCUUUACACUCAGGCCGCAUCUCAUCUGAUAAACCAACUUGCCGAGAAAGUGAGGAAAUCCAAGACUACUUGCAUAUGCAAUUCAUUCAACAAGUUCAGCAGACCAAUCAGAGAUUGCAACUGGCAGUCAGGCUACCAAAUGACAGAACAUGUGUGCAGUGUAUCUCUUCGAAUAGACCAGGUGUGGGAAAAUCAUUGCUUAUUCAAAGGUACAACGAAGAACUUCAGAGAGAUGGCCGACACCUUGAUUGCUGUAUCACUGUUCCUUUGCAGACAACAACUGUCCAAGAACAUGAUGUUGCAAAGACUCUGAUCAGUCAGAUACAAGAAAUGGAUAAUCGCUUUUCACGAAUUGUUCACCUGGAUGUGUCACCAAAUGUUUGUAGAGGUUUAGAUCAUCUGUUAUUCAAUCUUCUCAUUCUGAACACAAUUUGUGCUCAAGAUGGAUUGGUGUGGCGCAGAAAUUGUUAUGAUCUUUAUUUAGUAGAGGUCACCAAAGCUUGUAAAGCAAGAGUGGAAGAUGCUAAGGUUAAGGCCAAGUCCAGAAAAAAUACUUUCCUUGAGAGCCUUCCGACUGUUCUUUGUCGACCACCAAAAGAGACAUUGAUAAUUGAAGAUGAACAAUCAAAUCAAGAAAUACCAAGUUUUCAUGACCACUUAAUGGAUGACCUAGAGUUCAGAAGUUCCAGGUUUCAACGACCAUACCAAUACCUUGCAGGACUUGACAAAAAUGCUGAUCUAGAUGCCUUCAAGUAUAGUGAUAUGGUUUAUGGAAAUCAUGUGGAUUGUCUGAAAAUCCUUCUAAGGCAUUGUGGUCUUCCGAAUCCUUCAUGGGCAGAGUUGUCUCAUUUUGCUUGUUUCCUCAACAAGCAAUUAGAAGACUGUGAGGGCUCUGUCUUCUGCGACCCAGGGUUGCUAGCUGACACAGGCAUGAAUGGCUUUAAAACAUUUGUUGUCAAAUUCAUGUUACAGAUGGCAAAGGAUUUUGCUACUCCCUCUCUUCAAAUGAGUGAUGAAAGUUCUCUUAUAGAUGUCAACCAAGAAGAUGAGGAAAAUCUACAGGCCUUUCAACUUCGCAGACGUUGGGAAAACAGCCCACAUCCAUACAUCUUUUUUAACCAUGAUCACGUGACAAUGACAUUUAUGGGGUUCAGUAUUGAUCGUAACGGAAGACUUCUUGAUGUAGAUGGUCAGGUGUUGCAACAGAAUAUGAUGAGGAAAAGCCUAAUGAGAGGUCUUAAACUUCAAAAUGUCAAUCUGGAAGAAGAUUUUGAUUCUUUGCCAAGGGAUCAGAAGCUGCAGAAGUUAUGUAUGGUGAUGGGAAUUGAGAAUGUCAGUAAUCCGGAUGAGACAUAUGAGUUGACUACUGAUAAUGUUAAGAAGAUCUUGGCAAUCCACAUGCGAUUUAGGUGUGGCAUCCCUAAAUCAUGUUAA